GCAGCAGCGGCGCACGCGGCGGAGCGUUGACACUGGUGUCCAGUCGGCGGAGGCACACACACGGGCCGUGCACACACACACAAAGAAAGGCUCGGUAUGUCGGAUGAAGAUUCGCGUGCCAGCUCCAGCUCUUCCUCCUCCUCAUCUUCCACACAUCAGCAACAGCAGCAGCAACAGGACGGUACCCCCAAGAAACGAGACAGUAAAGGCAGCAUGAGCAAGACCUCCAAGCUUCUCUCCACCAGUGCCAAAAGAAUUCAGAAGGAACUGGCGGAUAUUACACUGGACCCUCCACCAAACUGCAGCGCGGGUCCCAAAGGAGACAACAUAUACGAGUGGAGGUCUACCAUCCUGGGACCCCCCGGCUCUGUGUACGAGGGAGGAGUCUUCUUCCUGGACAUCGCCUUCACUCCAGACUACCCCUUCAAACCUCCAAAGGUGACGUUCCGCACCAGGAUCUACCACUGUAACAUCAACAGUCAGGGUGUGAUCUGUCUGGACAUCCUGAAGGACAACUGGAGUCCAGCCCUGACCAUCUCCAAGGUCCUUCUCUCCAUCUGCUCCCUGCUCACCGACUGCAACCCUGCUGACCCUCUGGUCGGGAGCAUCGCCACACAGUACACCACAAACAGACCCGAACACGACAGGAUAGCCAAACAGUGGACCAAGCGCUACGCCACAUAAUCCCACAGACGAAUCGACGAAAUGGCUACUUAGUUGAGGCCACGGGAAGGGGAUGGGGGGGAGAGGGGUGUCCUGGGGGGAAGGGGGGCCCAAUGGAAGCUUAUGAAAGCGUAUGGAAGCAGGGGGCGGGGUCGGGUUGGGAGGGGUGGAUUUUUAUGACAAGUCUUAACUCCCUCGUCGUAUUUUUAAGUUAUAUCUGGCCCAAAUGUAAUCAGGCUACUACUUUUGUGGGGGUUUUUCUCCUUUAUUUUUAGCUCGUGCUUUAAGAUGGACGGUAAAGCGCUAGAUAAAACGUGUCCGCAUGAUUUCCCAGUCCUAUUAAAAUUGGUGUGCGCUCCCCUCCAAACGCUAAAGUGUUUUACAAAAGUAGACGGGUAGAUUGGAAUGGUUGUGAUUUGUGUUCUGUACUGAGAAAUUAAAAAAAAACUGUUCUGUUCAUCCCAUUACAAAUAAAACAUGACCAACCUGAA